AUGGAACUCUCUGAGAACAAGCAGCGCAUGGCUCGCGGCGAGCUCUACCACGCCUUCACGCCUGAACUUGUUGCGGAGCGAGCAAGAUGCAAACAUGCCUGCGCGAGGUACAACCAGGCCGGCGAUGUUCCACGCAGGAAGCUCACUGAGUUAUUUCGAGAUGUGAUCCAGGACAAGACUCCUCUCCCACCGCAGGCGCAAACAGCUGAAGAAGACGACAAACUCUUUGAGAAUGACCCGUGGAUUGAGCCGCCACUGGCUAUGGAUUAUGGUUACAACGUUCGCCUUGGCCAAAAUGUCUUCAUCAACUUCAACUCGGUUUUCCUUGAUACAUGCCUGAUUACCAUCGGCUCGCGUACGCUUGUCGGUCCAAACGUCAGCUUUUAUUCUGGAACCCAUCCUCUGGAUCCUGCUGUGCGCAACGGAACGCAAGGACCAGAGCUGGGCAAGGAGAUCCAUGUUGGCGAGGACUGUUGGAUUGGAGGUAACGUGUGCAUAUUGUCAGGAGUUGUCAUUGGAAAAGGCAGUGUCAUUGGCGCCGGGAGUGUUGUUACGAAGAACGUUCCUGACUUCACUGUCGUCGCGGGUAAUCCUGCUAAAUUCAUUCGCAAAAUCGAGACCAGCAUGGAUGCUCCACGGGAUGCUACGCGGUGAGAGCCACUGCGCCAACAACUCCGCUCGCGUUCGGAUUCG